AUGCCACCACGACGAAGAAAGCCACCUCGCGCAGGCGCCCUUACCGAACUUCCACCUCUCAAGAUUGUCCGCUCGAUUCUCCUCCUACAGCUCUUUUAUUACGCGGCCGCAUCUGUGCUGAUACUCUUCACGACACUUGUCCUUGGGCAAAAGUUCUCGUUGGGUUUGGUUUUCGACUGGCACAGCGUCAGAGGUGACAACACCGUCGGCUGGACCGUUGGUUUCUUGUGGGUUGUUGAUGGCUUUUUAGUUGUCAUCCCAAUUCUUCUGCUUGUUGCGCGGUCGAAACUCGUCCCGGAUUUUGCCCUCACGAUUCACUUCAUACACCUGAUAAUCACCUCCUUUUACACGAAAUCUAUACCAACGAAUCUUCUCUGGUGGAGCCUGGAAGCUGCCAGUGCUGCGCUCACGAUUAGCCUAGGCGUCUGGGCUUGUCGCUAUCGCGAAUUGCAGCCUAUUUCUUUUGGAACAGUCCCCAAAAAGGCUACAGCCAAUGGGUCUGCGGAAGCCGAUGACAAUACACGGGGCGCUGCGGGUAGAGGCAGGAAUGUCGAUGCUGGACCAAGCUAUGAGAUGGUCACCGUGACCAGAGGAGAUGAGAAUGUGUAA